GUCAGAGAGACAGAGAGAGAGAGGGAAUAUCAGAGAUAGUAAGAGCGUGUGGAUGCACCAAGAGAUAACCGACCCCAGAAGGCACAUCAUUAAGGAGCUACACACAUGCUUUACAUCUUGAUGACACAGAGAGUCUAAGGAUUUUAUACCAGGUGGCACAUAUGAGAGAGAGGAAUCUACUCCAAUAGGAAUGACAGGUCAGCUCACUCUUAUUAGAACCGGAGACCUUGCCUGAGAGGUAUUAGAAGUCUCUGCCAACCUCCAUCCUAAAAGUGGCCACAUUAUCCUACGCUUUUGUGUCAUACAGGGUGACUCAAAGCGUGCAGCUAAAUCAGUAGGGAGUUGGGACGGGAGGGGUCAGCCAAUCGAAGGUGAGAGAUGCGGACGCAGGGGCGGUGGGCGGCACUGGCAGUGUUGUCAAUAAUCUUGCUGCUGUCAAAGGAGGCGGUUCCAAUUGAAGUCCCACUAGACCCAAAGAUCCAACAAGAGAUGAAACAACCCCCCACCAUUGUGAAGCAAUCACUAAAGAACUACAUUGUGGACCCCAGAGAUAACAUCAUCAUUGAAUGCGAGGCCAAGGGGAACCCGGUGCCAACGUUUCAGUGGAGGCGAAAUGGCAAGUUCUUCAACGUGGGGAAGGACCCGCGGGUUACCAUGCGGAAACGGUCGGGAACGCUGGAGAUCGGAAGCAGCGGGAAACCGGAAGAUUACGAGGGAGAGUACCAGUGUUUCGCUUCCAACGACUUUGGCACGGCAAUUUCCAACAAAAUCCUGCUACGAGUGUCAAAGUCUCCUCUGUGGCCAAAGGAAGUUCUGGAGCCAGUGGUUGUGCGUGAAGGGGCGUCACUCGUCCUCCCCUGCAACCCACCUCCUGGACUCCCCCCUCCUGAAACCUUCUGGAUGGACAGUUCCAUUAUGCCUAUAUCGCAGGACAAGCGAGUAUCAAUGGGUUUGAAUGGUGACCUGUUCUUCUCCAAUGUUUUGGCUAAAGAUGCCAUCACUGAUUACAGCUGUAACGCUCGCUUCGAUUUCACACACACCAUUCAACAGAAGAACCCGUACAACCUCAAAGUCCAAACCAAUGAGCCUUAUAAUGACACCUUAGUCAACUCCACUGAUGUGUACGGUGCACGUAAUGUGGCAGAAACCCAUCCCAACUUUCUGUCUCCAAAGGGCUUGUCCAGCUCUAAAAUGGUGCUGCGGGGGGAACAGCUUCUGCUGGAGUGUAUAGCUGCUGGAGUCCCAACUCCUACCAUCAACUGGUUCAAAAGAGGAGGAGAUCUUCCCUUACAAAAGGUCAAGUUUGGGAACUUUAAUAAAACGUUACAUAUCCUCAACGUGUCUGAGGAAGACUCUGGAAGCUACAUCUGCAUGGCCAGCAACAAGAUGGGCAGCAUUCGACAUUCCGUUGACGUCCAGGUCAAAUCCGCUCCCUAUUGGCUGGAUAAGCCCACCAAUCUUGUGCUUGCCCCUGAUGAGAAUGGACGAUUGGUGUGUCGUGCAAAUGGGAACCCAAAGCCCACUAUCCAAUGGCAAAUGAAUGGGGGACCUAUAGAUAGUUCACUGCCUAACCAGCAAGUGCUGGGUGAUACCAUCAUGUUCCAUUCGGUGCAGAUCGGUGGCAGUGCGGUGUACCAAUGCAAUGCUUCUAAUGAGCAUGGAUACCUACUGGCCAACGCUUUCGUCAACAUCUUGGACAUGGUUCCACGGAUGCUAGGCCCGAAGAACCAACUGAUAAAAGUCAUUGAGAACAACAGGACUUUCCUUGACUGCCCUUACUUUGGCUCACCGUUCCCUGUGCUGCGCUGGUUCAAGAAUGGCCAUGGUAGUGGUCUUGAUGGUGGUCAGUAUAAGGUGUAUCACAAUGGUACAUUGGAGAUCAAACAGGCGCGACCUGAAGAUCAGGGCACGUACACCUGCGUCGCCAGUAACAUUCUGGGCAAGAGUGAGAAUAAGGUGAUCCUGGAGGUCAAAGAGCCCACAAGAAUAGUACGGGCCCCAGAGCACGUGACAGGACCCAGAGGAAGCACAGCUCGCUUUGACUGUCGAGUUAAACACGAUCCGUCCCUUCCCAUUACCAUCACAUGGCUAAAAGAUGACAAGCCUUUGAGCUUCGGCUGGCUGGGCCGGUUAAGAAAGGAUGAUGAAUCCAUGACCAUUCACAAUAUCAAUCCAGAGGAUUCAGGGACGUACACAUGCACUGCCAAAACUGAGAUAGAUGAAGACUCUGCCUCUGCUCGCCUUACAGUUAUAAUGGAUGACAACUCGUCUGCCUCAAAUCGUAGUGCCUCUGCAGGUCGACCCGACCCCCCUCAGGAUCUUGAACUGUCGGAUCCUUCAGCUCGCAUUGUCAGACUCACCUGGGUGCCUGGAAAUGAAAACAACAGCCCUGUUACACAUUUCCUCGUCCAGUUUGAAGAGGACAGAUGGGAGCCGGGGAAGUGGCAGAACCUGUCAAUACAUGAUGGCAACCUGAACUCAGUUAACCUGCAGCUGUCACCCUUUGUCAACUACCAGUUCAGAGUCAUAGCCAUCAAUGCAGUGGGUCAGAGUCAACCCAGCCACCCCUCUGCACGCUAUCAGACCAGCGGCGCUCCUCCUGAUGUGGUUCCAAGUGGUCUAAAAGGAUGGGGAAGCAAGAAGAACAACAUGGAGAUCACUUGGCAGCCCCUGCUGAACACAGAGAGAAACGGUCCGAACAUGCGAUAUGUUCUCUGGUGGAGAUUGGAAAACACAGAUGAAGAAUGGAACAACAUUAACACCACUAAAACAAAGCACACUAUCCAUAAUAUAGACACCUACGUUCCAUAUGAAAUCAAAAUACAAGCCGCCAAUGACUUCGGGCUUAGUCCGGUGUCUAAUGUUGUCAUUGGUUAUUCUGGGGAAGACAAACCAUCAGCUGCACCUACAAACCUCAGGGUGUCAAAGAUCAACAGCACCAAAGUAAAUGUUCACUGGACCCCCGUGGACCUCAGCAAUGUGAACGGCGAGUUUAAGGAAUACAAGUUGUACUACUGGAGGGAGGCCAGUCUGAUUAAGGGCCUGAAAGUGAACAGGACAAAGCUGCACAAAGGGUUCUACACAACGGCCGAACAUCCCUCUGGCAUCCUCACUGAACUCUAUCCUUACAGCAAAUACAAGAUGUACAUGGUCGUGGCUAACAGAGAGUUUGAGGGUCCACAGAGCAACUCUGUGGAGUUUGAAACAAAGGAGGGAGAGCCGGGCGCCCCAAAGUAUUUCAAGAUUCAGAAGCACACAGAUGUGGUUCACCUGAAGUGGGAUAAGCCCCUGGAGCCAAAUGGUGUUCUGAUUGGAUACACGAUUCAGUAUCACACAGUAAAUGGGACACAAGAGGGAGAGAGGAAGGUCCAGAGUUUCCCUCCCAACGUUACGGAGUACAUCAUGAACCUGCCUCACCGUUUCACAAGAUACAAGUUCUACCUAGCGGCUCGUACACAGGUCGGCGCUGGAGAGGUGUACGCCGUAGAGUCGCCACAUUUCACAAAUGAAGGCACCCCAGAUACUGACUCUACAGUUGUAGCGGUUAACUUUACAGAUGCCUUGAUGUUCGAAACCCCUCCCCCUCCCCUAUCCACUGUCCCAGUCCCAGAAAUACUUACCCCAGAACCAGCCACACCUGCCCCUACAACUGCUGCUCCACCUAAACCUACAACAACUACCACCACUACUACCACAACUACAACAACCACAACUACAACUGCAGCUUCCACUACAGUUGCUCCAGUUCGGCCGGUUUCUCCUAAAACUGUGGACUGGAAACUGCUGGCCCCGAAUGUAAAGAUCUGGAAUGUGACCGUGGAUGUUAACAGUGACCAUGCUAAUGUCAGCUGGAAGCACAACUUCUCCGUUGACAGCAGCGUGUUUGUGAUAGAGUACACGCCGGAGAAUAAGAGCCAGACGCAUCUACCGAGAGCUGGUAAUGGUAUAAUGAAAAGCUUUCAAGUAAACCGCGGGCCUCCCAUUAAGCUGUCCGGGCUGUUGGACGGGGUCAAGUAUCGGUUGCGGGUGUAUUCCCACGAGCACCACUCCAUCAGCAGUGACUAUGUCACGUUCGAGACAGCCUACAAGGAGUCUGAAGACAUCGCUACUCAGGGCUGGUUUAUUGGGCUCAUGUGUGCCGUCGCUCUGUUGGUUCUCAUCUUGCUCAUUGUCUGUUUCAUCAAGAGGAGUCGUGGAGGAAAAUACAAAGUGAGCGAAAAGAAAGACCUCCCAUUAGAUGCUGUUGACCAUAAAGACCAAGAUGGAUCAUUUGACUAUCAGAACGAGAACAGGUCUGUUGACAGGGAGAGGGAAAGCAGUGAUGAGGACAACAAGCCUCUGCAGGGCAGCCAGACCUCUCUGGAUGGGAACGUGAAGGAGAGCGAUGAUAGUCUGGUCGAUUAUGGUGAAGGGGGUGACGGUCAGUUCAAUGAGGACGGCUCCUUCAUUGGCCAAUACACAGUUAAGAAGGACAAAGAGGAAACGGAGGGAAACGAAAGCUCAGAGGCCACGUCACCUGUUAAUGCCAUCUACUCUCUGGCGUAGCACCUUGAGCCGGAGACGGCUCCACCAGCAGGCCGGAGGGUGCCACUACGCACUAAAAUAAUAUAUAUACAGAGAGAGUUAUGAAAAAGUAUUCAUAUACAAAGCACUGGAGUGCAUGAUCCUUAACAAGGUAUGGGGAAGUGAAGAAGAGAAACACAGGUGAGACAGCUGGUCUUUGGAAACCAUAUGAGGAACUGUGAGCAUCACCUGUGUCCCCGUGCCAACACACACACAAACUUUACGUGUGCCUUUAGGGCAACGGGGUUGAAACGUGGAACUUACAAGCAUUUCGUGUGGCUUAUGCUCAACUUUUUUAUUUUCAAAGUUUCAAAUCUGCCCCUCCCUUCUAUUUACUGUAGCUAGCAUCAAAGAAAUGGAAACACAAGCACCGGUUCUGUCACAUAUCAAGUGUGGUUCGAUCCAACUGCAGAAGAAAAUACGUUUAUCAUAUUGAUAUUUCUGCAGUGAAUGUUUUUUUCACAGCUGAUAGAUGCGUCCAAACACAUGAAUUGUCUAUACAGUGCUGGCACAGGUUGCUGUGCUAUACAAAGCUAUGCACUAUGUAUUAUCACAUCUUGCUUUUGGGUUGAAAUCGGACGUCUCAUGUUUCCUUUUUUAUGUUGUCUUUGCUAAAAAAAGCUAUAUCCCUGCGUAUGCGACUGGAUUGAUAUCAUGCUUUCAAUUGCCAUUGAAGCGUUGUUUAUAUAUUUUCACUGGCUGCAACUAUAAAAGGCCACCAAUAUUUAUAGGCUGAGGUUUAGAUGGCACCACUUGUAAAUGACGAUAAAAAGACAUUAUUUUCAAGCAUGGUAGUAUUUUAGCGCAAAGGACAAUGGAGAGUUUGUAAUAAGAGUCAAAUCUCUUAAUAAAUACGCAAUGAUAUAUUCUUUUUUUAUAUAAAACUUGCUUUAUAUAGUCCUCAAAGGAGAAUUAGGAUGAUGAUGAAAAUGGGUCACAUUUGUUUUUUUUCUUGUUUUUUUCCACUAUCUUGGUGAAGAUCUUGGUUCCAGAAUAAGUUUGUCCAAGGAGUCGAAAACCAUUUGGGGUGCAUCAAUACAUUGGUGGGGUGAGAGGCUUUCAGAGGCAGACAUAACUGAACAGUCAUCAACCGGAUUGAGCAUUUGACCUGAAAAAAGAGGUGAUAGUCCAUCAGUUCCUUUCUCAGAAUCUUCACAGAAGAAAGAAAGUGUAGCCGCAGUCUACAGUACAAAGUUCUUCAUCCAGUAUUGCGUUGUCUUUGUUUAGAGAGUGAUGGAGAAGUUUAGUGCCACUCGCAGUUUGUUCUCAGUUAUUUCGUGGUCUCAAAGUACUAUCAUUAAUUUUUCUUCUGCACUGCUGAAUUUUUCAGUUCCUUUCUUUCAGAGGCCUUCACAGUGGGAUCCAAAAGUCAGAGAAAACUAAAAUAAGCAAACUUUUAGUGCGUAAAGCAAAGAAAUAACGUUGAGAGAUGUUUAAAACUGUGCCCUGUUUCUGCAUCACUGUCAAGUGGUGAAAUGCACUCAGUAUCAUUUCUGGGAUAACAUGGAUUACACCGGACGGUGUAGUGCGACGUGACACGCGGCUUGUUCUAAUGGGAUUGUCACGCUGCGCCACAUCCAGUGUGGACAAAAUGUUUAAUUAUGAUGAGUUCUAAUGCAUUCUAUUGUCUCAUCGCGUCGCGUCCGGUGAAGACACGGUGUUAUCAUAAAAUACAAUAUAUAAUACGAUUCUAAAAAUGUGUAUAUUUUGCAUUUAACCUUUUCUCUCAUAUUCUCUGAAAUCAAUUUAAAAUAUAUUCAAAUUGGAAAUGAAUCCCAAUGGAAGUGUUUUCAGUAGUCGUCCCAAUUUUUUGGAUCCCACUUUAUAUUUAUUUUAUUUAUGGAAAUAUAGGGACUAAUAUAUUAAUAAUUUAUUGAUGACUGUUCAUUCAGUUGUAAUAACUAAUGUGACUGGAUGACCCAUCUGUGAUUUGAGCACAUUGUGAUAGCGUCUCUGUGUACAGUAGGAAUACUUCAGAGAUCAUGUAAAAUAAUGAAAUGUAAUGUCACCAUUAAAGGGGCUAUGUCUUAUUUGUUAUUUGUGCUGCUCUUUUUAGUAUUACUAUUGUUGUAUCACUGUUGUGUUCAUAUAUUAGAAUUGAUUUAAUGUAACUUACUUAACAACAAUGAAGAUAUUGUGUAUUUAUUUUUCUCACAUAGGGCAUCAGUCUUGUAAUCAUCUAUGUAAAUAUUCAUUGGUUUGGUUUUUACAGUUUUACUGUACUACAGUAAGUAUCUGAAUCUAUAAUAAUGAUUAAUAAUAAAAAAAUGCUUUUGGUGCAUCCCAAAAUGAAAGACUCCAUGCACAGGUUUGAAUUCGGGUUUAGCCAAAUGGAUUUGGGGUCUUUAAAUGAUAUUUUAAUGAUUUUUGUGUCAUGUCAUUUUUGUUGGGUCAUGUAGGCGACAUAAUGAACCUCUUUAAAACGAUCCAGGUUUGUCACUAAACUCCUGAUUUCAGGUACCUGGCAGGCACCUAGUGAUGAUGUAAAUAGCAAAUGCUGUAGAAUUGUACCAUUGUAGCAUUCCACCUACCGAGGAUAAAACAAGCUUUUUGUAUUUUUGAACUGUGUUACACAGAAGAAAUGGUUUGUCAUUUCCUGUUCAUGUAUUAAUGCACCAGUCUCCCAUAAUGCCUUUCGCCUCUGACACAUCUAGGCCCAGCAGAUCACGUGACUGCUCUUUGAAAAGGACUGAGCAUCAGGUCCUAACAUCCUGAUAGAGGUGUGAUGUCCAGUACAAUGCCUUCAGAUUAAAGACAAAUGUGUUUAUGAAAUUCCUUGGACCACACUGUGGACCGCUUCAUUCAUUUUGGUUUUUCCAAUACCUCAAAGCAAUACUCUCCUUAUUUGCCUUUUGAUGUUCUGUUUCCUGCACAAUAGGUACCAACUUAUGCAGUUCAAGUAACUUAAUGUACAUGUACAGAUGACAGACUUUGGUAAUUUUGAUGCUGGUGUGAACCUAAAGGCUUAAACGCCUACAGCUACUUUUAUCAUCAUCACAAACUGUUGAACUGCUAAAGUAUCAAAUAUUCUGUUUUUCUUCUGAUGUUAUAUUAUUUGCGAGCUCAAUAACUGGCAACAUGCAUUAUCAACAGUAGUCACAAUACAACAAGAAUGACAAUACAAUAACUGUCACAUUUCACUUUUCAAAAAACUACAGAACAGUACAUAUACUGUACACGAAUGACGGUUGUUAUUAUUAUAUAUAGUCAUUUUUAACCAGCUGUCCAGCAGGUUUUUAAAUGGCAUCAUGCAGCUUAACAGUGUUCUUCUGUAAAUCUGGCUAGAGAGAAAUGGCCAGUCAUUUUGUUCACCAUGUAUGCAUUUAUGACAAGAUGCUGCAUCUUAUCUGCUCGAGACGUCUUUCUUUAAAGUAAUGCUGUGUCAGUUUCUCAACCUUCUGAUCUGUCAUUGCCUCUGAUUAUUCCUCUUGUGCUCCAAUAAAUAAGUUCUCCCAUUUCAACAGGCAAGAAUUGCUGAAUUUG